AUGAGGCCGGGGACUGGAGCCGAGCGUGGAGGCCUCAUGAUGGGGUAUCCUGGCAUGCAUUACGCACCAAUGGGAAUGCACCCUAUGGGUCAGAGAGCAAACAUGCCUCCUGUACCUCAUGGAAUGAGGCCGCAGAUGAUGCCCCCUAUGGGAGGGCCUCCAAUGGGACAAAUGCCUGGAAUGAUGUCUUCUGUGAUGUCAGGAAUGAUGAUGUCUCAUAUGUCUCAGGCUUCCAUGCAACCUGCCUUACCGCCUGGAGUAAAUAGUAUGGAUGUAGCAGCAGGUGCAGCAUCUGGUGCAAAAUCAAUGUGGACAGAACAUAAAUCACCCGAUGGAAGGACUUAUUAUUACAAUACUGAAACAAAACAAUCUACCUGGGAAAAACCAGAUGAUUUACAAACACCUGCUGAGCAACUCUUGUCUAAAUGCCCGUGGAAGGAGUACAAAUCUGAUUCUGGGGAGCCUUAUUACUAUAAUUCUCAAACUAAAGAGUCCCGCUGGGCCAAACCAAAGGAACUUGAGGAUCUUGAAGGAUACAAGAAUACCAUUGUUGCUGGAGGUCUUAUUACAAAAUCAAACCUGCAUGCUAUGAUCAAAGCUGAAGAAAGCAGCAAGCAAGAAGAAUGUACUACAACGUCAACAGCCCCAGUUCCUACAACAGAAAUCCCUACCACUAUGAGCACCAUGGCUGCUGCAGAAGCAGCAGCUGCUGUUGUUGCUGCUGCUGCAGCCGCUGCAGCAGCUGCUAAUGCCAAUACUUGGAAUACAAAGGAGGAGGCAAAGCAAGCAUUUAAAGAAUUAUUGAAAGAAAAGCGGGUACCCUCUAAUGCUUCGUGGGAGCAAGCUAUGAAAAUGAUCAUUAAUGAUCCUCAGUAUAGUGCUUUAGCAAAGCUGAGUGAAAAAAAGCAGGCUUUUAAUGCCUAUAAAGUCCAGACCGAGAAAGAGGAAAAAGAAGAAGCAAGAUCAAAAUACAAAGAAGCUAAGGAAUCUUUUCAGCGUUUCCUUGAAAAUCAUGAGAAAAUGACUUCCACAACCAGAUACAAAAAAGCCGAGCAAAUGUUUGGGGAGAUGGAAGUUUGGAAUGCUAUAUCAGAGCAUGAUCAUCUUGAAAUCAAUGAAGAUGUUUUGUUCUUCCUUUCAAAAAAAGAAAAGGAACAAGCAAAGCAGUUACGAAAGAGAAAUUGGGAAGCCUUAAAAAAUAUACUUGACAACAUGGCUAAUGUCACGUAUUCUACUACUUGGUCUGAAGCCCAGCAGUAUCUGAUGGAUAAUCCAACGUUUGCAGAGGAUGAAGAAUUACAGAACAUGGAUGAAGAAGAUGCACUAAUAUGCUUUGGGGAACACAUCUGGGCUUUAGAAAAGGAAGAAGAAGAAGAAAAACAGAAGACUUUGUUGAGAGAAAGGAGACGGCAGCGUAAAAAUAGGGAAUCUUUUCAGAUAUUCUUAGAUGAACUACAUGAUCAUGGACAACUACAUUCUAUGUCCUCUUGGAUGGAACUGUAUCCAACUAUUAGUUCUGACAUUAGAUUCACUAAUAUGCUCGGUCAGCUGGUUUUUUCAUUAGGAUCAACUGCACUUGAUCUUUUCAAGUUUUAUGUUGAAGAUCUUAAAGCACGUUAUCAUGAAAAAAAGAUAAUAAAAGACAUGCUGAAGGAUAAAGGAUUUGUAGUUGAAGUAAACACCACUUUUGAAGAUUUUGUGGCAAUAAUAAGUUCAACAAAAAGAUCAACUACUUUGGAUGCUGGAAAUAUCAAGUUGGCUUUCAAUAGUUUACUAGAAAAGGCAGAAGCCCGUGAACGUGAAAGAGAAAAAGAGGAAGCACGAAAAAUGAAAAGAAAAGAGUCUGCAUUUAAGAGUAUGUUGAAACAGGCUGCUCCUCCAAUAGAGCUGGAUGCUGUCUGGGAAGACAUCCGGGAGAGAUUUGUAAAAGAACCAGCAUUUGAAGACAUAACUCUAGAAUCUGAAAGAAAAAGAAUAUUUAAAGAUUUCAUGCAUGUGCUUGAGCAUGAAUGUCAACAUCAUCAUUCAAAGAACAAGAAACAUUCUAAGAAAUCUAAAAAACACCAUAGGAAAUGCUCCCGCUCUGGAUCGGGAUCAGAUUCAGAUGAUGAUGAUAGCUAUUCAAAGAAAAAAAGACAGCGAUCAGAGUCCCAUUCUGCUUCAGAACAUUCUUCUAGUGCUGAAUCUGAGAGAAGUUAUAAGAAAUCAAAAAAGCAUAAGAAGAAAAGCAAAAAGAGGAGACAUAAAUCUGACUCUCCAGAAUCAGAUACUGAACGAGAGAAGGAUAAGAAAGAUAAAGAUCGGGAUGAAAAAGACAGAAGUAGACAAAGAUCAGAAUCAAAACACAAAUCACCUAAGAAAAAGACUGGAAAGGAUUCUGGUAACUGGGAUACUUCUGGCAGUGAACUGAGUGAAGGGGAAUUAGAAAAACGCAGAAGAACCCUUUUGGAGCAACUGGAUGAUGAUCAAUAAAUUAUACCAAAUAUA